AUGGGUGAAUCGUGGACGCAUAUAACAUUAGAUCAGCAUGUUAUUAUCAGGCUACCUUCAGAAAAGUGUAAGAUUGUGCAUUUGAGGCUGAACGGUUCGAUUUCGUUGGGUAAAUUUGGUGCCUUCAACGUUAACGAUGUCAUUGGGUACCCAUUGGGGAGCAAGUUCGAGAUUUAUUACGAUGACGAGACCACUGAGGAUGUAGAAGAUAGUAAGAAGAAGAACAACCGCAUUGCGGUGGGUAAGAUCCGUUUGUUAUCGGGCAUUGACAAGAAACUGGAACAAUUGAAUGGCGUCGAUAGCAGUGAAAAUAAUAAAGAAUUGAUCAAUUUAGGUAAUGAUAUACAGAAACUGUCAACGGCCGAUAUCGAGGCCCUAAAGAAGCAGAGUGUCUCAAGUGAUGAACUAAUUGCUAAGAUUAUUGAAUCUCAUGGUAGUUUCAAGAAGAAAACUGCAUUUUCACAAGAAAAAUAUUUAAAGAGAAAGAAACAGAAAUUUGCCAAAGAAUUCACUGUGGACUAUCUAAGUAGUGCAUCUUUAUUGGAUUAUUUGAUCGAUAAAGGUGAUAUUCAACGUGUUAUGGACAUGUCAGAAGAAUCGAUGGGCUUAUUAUUGAAUCUAGGUAAUAUAAGACCCAAUGGUACAUAUCUGUGCAUGGAUGAAACGGGUGGUUUAUUGGCAUAUUUCAUGUUAGAGAGAAUGUUUGGUGGGGACAAUGAUUCAAAACAUACCGGUAAGAUCGUGAUUGUUCAUGAAAAUGAACACGUUAAUCUUGACCUUUUAAAAUUUUCCAAUUAUUCUGAAGAAUUUAUUAAGAGACAUAUCGUUACAAUUUCAUUAUUAGAUUUCUUUGAAGCACCAACUUUGCAUGAAAUUAAUUCGAAUUUUACACCUUUAUCAAAAGAAGAAGCAUUCGACUUGAAAGGUGGUAAGAAAAAUACUUAUUAUAGAAAACUAAAAUGGUACAAGAUUCAAUUGGAGAUAAUAAAAUGUGCUACAGAAAUUGAAUAUGACGGUCUUGUGACUGCUACAACGUUGAAUUUACCAUCAGUAGUACCGAAAUUAAGUGAAAGAGUUCAUGGUUCCAGACCCAUCGUUUGUUUCAGUCAAUUCAAAGAAACCUUAUUAGAACUGUCCCAUGUACUUUACGAUGAUUUAAGAUUCUUGGCUCCUUCCAUAUUAGAGACCAGAUGUAGGCCAUACCAAACUGUACGAGGCAAGUUACAUCCUCUUAUGACGAUGAGAGGAGGUGGCGGGUACCUUCUGUGGUGUCACAGGGUGAUACCGGCACCAGAACCUAUUGAAGAACCAGAGGGAGAAACAGCUGCCGCGUCACAGACUGAGAAUGCUAAAAAAGCUAGAAUAGAAUAA